AUGAGCACCGACUCCUACUCAGAAUACUUCCGCCGCCGGCCCAUCGGACGCGCUCCGUCGCCGCCGACGUGGGCCUGCUACGAGCAGAUCCCGUACGACGACGACGACUUCAGCGACAGUGGCUCGGACGAGCACUCGUGUUCGGAGGACGACGAGGACUACGGCCGUGCCCCUGCGCAUGUCGACAGCGACAGCUCGAGCGAGGCGUCGCCCGUGCGCCCUGACCGCAAGGUGGACCCGCCCCCUGCCACAGCCUCGGACGGCGACAUGGACAUCGAUGAGAGUGAUGAGGCCAUCGCGUCCGACAAACUCGCUGCCGAGUACAAGAAGGACGUGAAGGGCAAGCAGCGUGCCAUUGAGCCUGAGCCUGAGAGCAGCCCCAAGCGGCAGCACCACAAGAAGCGGCGCCAGCCUGUAUACACUCUCCGUCCCAUUCUGACCAUCCAGAAGAGCCAGGGCUUUGUUUGGAACCAAGAUUUGUUUGUACCACCGUAUAUCAAAGAUCGAUAUGUAGCAUCAACCUCGCCAUCGAACUCCCGCGGGUUUCACCCGUCGUCUCUGUCGUCUAACUCCUCGAUGACGGAUUAUGAGGUCGAAGUGGUGGAAAUUCGCGUUAAGGAGGGCGAGCUGAAAGACAUCAUCCCGUAA